CUUUCCCCAUGCUUUGCAGACGCUGCGCGGGGGCCCCGGCGCCUGAUGCGCGUGGGCCUCGCGCUGAUCCUGGUGGGCCACGUGAACCUGCUGCUGGGGGCCGUGCUGCACGGCACCGUUCUGCGGCACGUGGCCAAUCCCCGAGGCGCCGUCACACCGGAGUACACCACAGCCAAUGUCAUCUCCGUCGGCUCUGGGCUGCUGACCGUCUCCUUGGGACUCGUGGCCCUCUUGGCAUCCAGGAACCUUCUUCGCCCACCACUGCACUGGGCCCUGCUGGCACUAGCUCUGGGGAACCUGCUCUUGUCCGCUGCCUGCUCUCUGGGCCUCCUCCUUGCUGUGUCGCUCACUGUGGCCAACGGUGGCCGCCGUCUUAUCGCUGACUGCCAUCCAGGACUGCUGGAUCCUUCAAUACCACUGGACCAGGGGCCUGGACACACUGACUGCCCCUUUGACCCCACAAGAAUCUAUGAAACAGCCUUGGCUCUUUGGAUCCCUUCUUUGCUCAUGUCUGCAGGGGAGGCUGCUCUAUCUGGCUACUGUUGUGUGGCUGCACUCACCCUACGUGGAGUGGGGCCCUGCAGGAAGGAAGGGCUUCAGGAGCAGCUAGAAGAACUGACAGAGCUUGAACCUCCUAAAUGUAAAAAGCAGGAAAAUGAGCAGCUACUGGAUCAAAAUCGAGGAAUCCAGGCAUCACGGAAAAGUUGGGUUUAAGCCAGCAGGUGUUGUUCCGGGGCUUAGUCCACAGGAUUUUCCACGAAGCAAGGGGCCCUGACCUCAGGAUGAUAUAAACAAUCGUAAUAAAAGAACUACUUUU